UAUGACACUGAAGACUAUUGCCGCAUUGACUGGAUCUGUCGUGAUAGCGCUUGUUGGAUUUCUAUGGUAUAGCAGGGGACGAAAGAAACGGGAAGACGAAGACGUACAUGAACCUGAUAUAAAUCAAUCUGUCAAUCACAUCGUGAAACAGGAAAUAAAGCAAUCAGGGCCAGCAGAGGACAAGUCUAUUGUUGGAAGUCCACAAGUUGAGGAGUUGAUCCCAAAACCAGUUGAAGCUCCAUUGUGUUGCAGUAAAGUUCCAAAUAUGGUCAAACCCGAUGAACAGGUUUUGAAGUCAGAGAUGGCCACUUCUCUUUCAUCUGAGCCUAAUGCAGAACAAGUAGCGCCAUCUUUAAUUGAUGAACCAGCAAAUGUUGAACCAGAAGAACCAUCGAAUGAAGAAGAUGUGACUGAUGCACAAGAAGAUAUUGACACCGAACAUAGAUGCAGUGAUGCGAAUAAAAAAGACAAUGAGAAAGACUGGGCAAGUCUAAGUGAAGCUACAGAAGAACUGAGUGUUAAUGAUGACAUUGAUCAAACAACAAAUGUAAGCCUACCAAGAACAAAUCAUGAAACUUUGGAUACGGAAUUACACGAACCUCAGAGCCCUAUCCAUAGUUCUCCUAAUUUAGCAUCACCAUUAGAAUUUGCCAAACGUGAACGCAAUCUAUCAGAGACUACCCAGAAUUCUCAAGGUACCGAUUCCCCUGGAGACCACAUGAUGACAAGUGUAAAUAGCGAUGCCGCAAGCGAGGUUUCAAAUGACAGUGGUAAGGGAGCCUCGAUGCCAGAUGCAAGCAAUCUCCCGAAUAUAUCAGAGAAUGAACCAACCACUUUUGAGUUUGAUAUCCCGACAGACUUUUGUGGCAUGCUGAUUGGUCGUCAAGGGCGAUCUGUGAAACAGCUCAAGUUUAAGUCUGGAGCGAAUAUUCUGGUCAGAAGCUGCCCUCUUACACCAGAGAAGCAAAUAGUUACAUUAGAAGGAUCACAGUCAGAGAUCGACCACUGUUUGGAUUUGAUUCGUCAAAAGUUCCCACAUCGCAGGUAUCCAGAAGUAACGUUAGAGCCAACCAAACUGAGCACACAGCCUCAGGGUGUUGUGCUGCCCCCUGAAAUGAUGCAGUCUGCCAGCCCACCAGAUCCAAACUCAAACCUGCAACAGUUGGGUCUCCCUGAAGGUGUCACCGUGGAUACAGUUGUCUCAAACAUUGUCCAAGCAGGUCAUGUAUUUCUCCAACAGCCAACUCAUCCUACUUUCCCUUCAUUGGAGCGUUUGAACCACUGUAUGAUUGCCUGUUACACACAAGAUGGUAUUGUGCCACAGCUCCCACGGCCAAUAGAAGUUGGUGUUAUAUGUGCUGCUCCCUUGUUUGAUGGCUGGUUUAGAUGUCAGGUUGUUGCAUUCUAUGAGGAGACUGAUGACGUAGAUAUCAAAUAUGUCGACUAUGGAGGAUAUGCCACUAUGCCCAGUGCUUGCCUCAAGCAAAUCAGGAGUGAUUUCACCACUUUACCCUUCCAGGCAUCAGAGUGUUAUAUGGCCAACAUCUGUCCCUUGGAAGGUGAGGAAGCAUUCUCAUUAGAGGCUGGUGCUGUCUUGGAGGAAUUAACAAGCAACAAAUUACUUCAGUGCCAGAUAAUGGGUAGAGCUGAGGACUCAAUACCCUACAUACACCUGUACAUAGUAGAUGGGCACAAGACACUAUUUGUGAAUCGUGAGCUGGUCAAUAGGGGUGUGGCUAGAUGGAUUGAACAGCAAUAGGGGUGUGGCUAGAUGGAUUGAACAGCAGGGUGUGUUGCAUCAUAGCAUGAUUGACAUAUUACUGUACAUAGUUGAAAACCCACAUGCGAAACACAAAAAAAACAAACUAAAAUAGGAGGAAUUGUCACUACAGAUACUCGCAGCUUGAAAUAAACUUGACCCAAUAAUUAUUCAUUUCCUUGUAGUAAUUUAACACAAGAAGUAAGUCAUUUUUAUGAGAAACCAUGCAUUGGAACCUUUUACAAUCAACUAAAACCAUGAAGGGCCAGGCCAGUACACCAUAUUUCUACAAUAUAUUGAUAAAACUGAUCAGAAU